AUGUCAGGUAAAAACAUAAGACUCUCUGUGUACCGCAAGUGGGUUGAUAUGUGGCUCUCAAUUCCGUUCGUUAACCAUGUCGACUCCACUGCACCACCACGUUUCAACGCUGAAGACAUCGCAUUUCUUUUCAGCAAUGAGAAUAUUCACCAACUGCAAGAUGAUAAGUUACUCCAUCAGAUCGUGAGGGGCGUGCGACUCCAGAUCCUAGCCAGGCGAGUGGUUCUUGGAGGAAAAAUUCCUCCAUCUUGUGAAGAGACAGAUAUCCUUAGCCAGCAUUAUGAUUCCCGCACCGAUUGCACAUGCACUGGGCUCUACCCUGUUCCACAGGAUGCAACUGUGGAUAUGAUGUUGAAAGAGACCGAAUGUGGUGUGAUCCGGAAAAUGAUACGUGCAUCGGAGGUGGUUAUACAACGAGAGGACGAAUGGAAUAAACGAAAUCUCUUCACCACCGAAAAGCUUCAGAAAGCUAUUACAGAGCUGAUCUUAAGCCAUUCCGAUAAGCAGACUGCUCCUAGUUUUUGCCAUGGCUCUGUCACUGCUCUCCCAGAAGUCAAGGCACCCGAUCGACGACCAAGUACACGUUAUGACUCCGAUAGCUCCACUCAUAACCGGUUAUACCCGACCUACGAACAGGUGAAACUCUGUGCAGAUGCCAAAUACUUCUUUGCCAUGGCUUGCGGGGCAGGUUAUCUUGACGAGGGGCUUCUGCAAGCAAUCGCAGAUUCAGGAAACGAUGUGUUGAUCGGAGAUUACUGUGAGGCAGCCGAUGAAGAGACCAUUGCGCUACUACAGCGUGUUGGAGGAGCAGCUAUGAUGUUUUUAAAACUGAGUACUCUGGCGGGAGUGCUCACCGACUGGCAAUUCGACAACCAUGUUGCCUCAACAAUCCAGUUUCGGGUCCUUGGUUACUACCGAGACCACGCUCGAGCAAAUAUUCCUGGAGGCCUAUACGGUAGUCGUAUGACGGGAAACAACGUCCAUCGACAUAUCGACGUCGCGAUUUACAUUGGCACGAUGGCUGCUUCGGUUGCCACUGGCGCGGAAAUCACUGAAAAAGAAUACAUGCGAUUGACCAGCGUGUGCAGCCUUAUCAACGACCUGAUUGAUUUUCGCAGCGACACGAUGCGGAAGCAAAGAGAAAACACGGUCCUGAGGGGUAUCCGUGGAUGUAUCUGCAGGUACCUCGAUGGGUUGAUAUCGUCAUGUGUGGAGCAAGCAUACGAUGUCAUCCAGUCUUCACCGCUAAGUGCUAUCGUGGUCAUGAGCUUCUGUAACUGGGCUGUUAUGGCAUCCCAUCACAAGUUAUACGAAUUGGUUCGCGGGAUGUCUACAGUGAAGAGUUACCCAACUUGCAAAUACGCUUCUGUGACCGGAGGCAGAUAUCAACAGCUCCUGAAAGCGCUAGCAGUGUAUUCUACCAUAGGAGAUGACGGGCCUCGGGUUACGAAGACACGAGCUGAGAUGGACGCACAUUAUUAUCUGUACCGGUCUUCACCCAAGUCGCAUUUAGCAUGGUUAGCCGACAGCGCGCGAAAUCUUCUAAAUCCGGUUACUCUACGGACAAUUGUUGAUGUCGUCCACUUUGUGUGGCAGGGAGAAAUAGGAGAUGUGGGAUAUUGUCCCUAA